GAUUGCCAUAUUCGAUGAAGGAAGCAGGUUUUCCUCUAGGAGUACUGCUUUUGCUUGUGGUUGCCUAUAUCACAGAUUAUUCCAUUAUAUUACUGAUCAAAGGAGGAAAUCUGUCCAGUACGAGAACCUAUCAAGAGCUGGUCAAAAAAACCUAUGGUCUUGUAGGUUAUCUAAUCCUUUCAACUCUCCAGUUUUUAUAUCCAUUUAUUGCUAUGAUCAGUUACAAUAUAAUAACAGGAGACACUUUAACUAAAGUUUUUCAGAGAAUUCCUGGAGUUGGGCUGGAUAACGUGCUUACCGACCGUCACUUCAUAAUUCUUGUUACCACCAUCAUCUUUACCUUACCUAUAUCUUUAUAUCGAGACAUAGCAAAAUUGGGAAAGGUAUCUCUUCUUUCUCUGAUUCUAACCAUUGUCAUCCUGAUUAUUGUGAUGGUGAGAACAGUAACCUUCAGUCCACAAGUACCCAAAUCAGAAAAUGCAUGGAUUUUUGCAAAAUCAAAUGCAGUACAAGCCAUUGGAGUGAUGUCAUUUGCAUUCAUCUGCCAUCAUAACAGUUUUCUAAUAUAUGAGUCUCUGGAAGAACCCACAUUGAAGAAUUGGUCUCGAGUCACACAUACGUCUGUGGCCCUUGCUUUUGUCAUCAGUGUAGUGUUCGCUGCCUGUGGAUAUAUGACUUUUACAGGAUACACAGAAGGAGAUAUAUUUGAAAACUACUGUAGAGAUGACAACCUUGCUACAUUUGGAAGGUUUUGUUAUGGAGUUACUGUAAUUCUGACCUUCCCCCUUGAAUGUUUUGUGACUAGAGAGGUGAUUGCCAAUGUGUUUUUCCAUGGGAGCCUCUCAACAGUUUUCCAUGUUGUUGUGACAGUAGUUAUCAUUGCUGUGGCGACUGGUGUAUCAUUAGUGUAUGAUUGCCUUGGAAUAGUUUUAGAGCUGAAUGGAGUUCUGAGUGCUACCCCACUUGUUUUUAUCAUCCCAUCUGCGUGUUACCUAAGGCUGUCCAAGGAGCGGUGGAGCCAUUCAGAUAACCUCCUUUCCUGCCUGAUUCUUGCUCUUGGUGUGCUGGUGAUGGCAGUUGGCUUUGUCAUGACUGUCUUGCAUCCGCAGGAAUGUAGCCAUGGAAGAGAAAUGUUCUACUGCUCCCCUAAUAAUGUUUCUUUACUCAACAGCACACUUCCACCAUAG